GCGUCAGGGCCUCUCGAUCGCUCAUCAGUCGCCAGAGGAGUAGUUGAUCGAGGUGAGUGAGGUUGAAAAGCAGGCGGCGAACAAAGGCACCAUCGUCAUGGACGGCGGAUACUACGGCGGCCGCGAUCAGCGCUACAGCGGCGGGUACUACGGCGGCGGUGGCAUCGCGACGCCGGGGUACGCUCCGGCGGUCCCGUACGGGAUGUCGCAGGUGAACAUCGAGGGCAACGGGUGCGGGCGGGCGCUGCCGCCGCAGCCGACCGUGAAGGUGUACUGCCGCGCCAACCCCAACUACGCCAUGAGCGUCCGCGACGGGAAGGUGGUGCUGGCGCCGGCGAACCCCAAGGACGAGUACCAGCACUGGAUCAAGGACAUGCGGUGGAGCACGAGCAUCAAGGACGAGGAAGGUUACCCGGCGUUCGCGCUGGUGAACAAGGCGACCGGGGAGGCCAUCAAGCACUCGCUGGGGCAGUCCCACCCGGUGCGCCUGGUGCCCUACAACCCGGACUUUUUGGACGAGUCGGUGCUGUGGACGGAGAGCCGCGACGUCGGCAACGGCUUCCGCUGCGUCCGCAUGGUCAACAACAUCUACCUCAACUUCGACGCCCUCCACGGCGACAAGUGGCACGGCGGCGUCCGUGACGGCACCGACGUCGUGCUCUGGAAGUGGUGCGAGGGCGACAACCAGCGCUGGAAGAUCCAGCCCUACUACUGAACCAACGGAUGAUAUGACCAUCGCGCCCAUCGAUCGUGCACAUGCAUGCAUACGUACUAGCAGAAUAACAGGGGUCUUAUCUCCCGAGGCGUCUUUUGCAUGCAUGCCAGCAGUUGCAUAGAUAAAGCAGGAGCGAGACAAAGGGUGUUCAUGUAUAUUGCAGCUGUAUCACUGUAUGUAUGUGCCAUUGUGCCUUGUAAUAAUACAUAUAAUAAUAAAGUUGCUCGGAGUGUAUUAAUUA